GAGCAGAUCCCCCUUGGCAACUGGAAUGCCCUCCGACAUGGCCCGGAUGCUGUUGCUCAUCUUUACCAUGGUCCAUCCAGGAUCCUGCUCUCUCUGGGUGUCCCAGCCCCCUGAAAUUCAUGCCCAGGUGGGUGCCGCUGCCCUUCUGCCCUGCUCUUUCAAUGCCAGCCAAGGGACACUGGCCAUUGGCUCUGUCACGUGGUACCGGGAUAAGGUGGCCCUAGGAAAGGAGGUGAGGAAUGAAACCCCAGAAUUCAGGGGCCGCUUGGCCCCUCUUGCCUCUUCCCGCUUCCUCUGUGACCACCAGGCUGAGCUGCACAUCUGGGACACCCGAGGCCGUGACGCUGGGGUCUACGUGUGCAGAGUGGAGGUGCUGGGCCAGGGCACCGGCACAGGGAGCGGGACUCUGCUGGUGGUGGAGAAGGGAUCUCCUGGGCUGGGGGCCCUCACAGUCCUCCUCCUUCGGGCUGGAUUCUAUGCCUUCAGCUUUCUCUCCGUGGCCAUGGGCAGCACCAUCUAUUACCAAGGCAAGAGUGAGCCAUGGAGCCCUGACAAAGGCAGAAGACAUGGAGGAGCAGUGAGAGAGCUGGAGGAGGAGACAGAGACCAAGAAGAGAAGAAGUGGGGCUGCAGGACCCAGUGACUCUGGUCAUGUCACCGCCAGGCCACUGUCACAUGGGAACGUACUACCACAGCUUGGGUAGCCUCUGAUGGGUGAUUCCAGACCCCAGUGAUCUCAGCACUCUGCAGGAGACCCCAAUAAAUCUGCC